AAGGCUCUUAACCUUGUGGUCGUGGGUUCGAGCCCCACGGUGGGCGAAAUUUUUUUAAUUUUUUAUUUUUCCGCCGUAAACACAUAUCACGCCUUCUUCCACCACCAUCUCGAAUCUUUACCAUCGAACAAGACCCUACGGUCAAGCGAUUUUUUUUUUUUGUUUGAUUUUUUCGUUACCCCGUGAACACAUAUCAGCGCCUUCUUCCACCACCAUUUCGAGUCUCACCAUUGAACAAGACCCUACGCUCUAGCGAUACAUCCCUUACGCCCGCCAACUGUUUGAAAAAAUCUCUGAAUCAGACAUUGUCUCAAAAAAACCAAUCAUCAAUGGCGUUUCGGUGUUUGGGCUUGCAAUGUCUGCUGCAACUGUCAAAACCCAACCACACUCUUCCUUCCAUAUCAUCAUCACUCAUACCAUUACUGCAUAUCUCAUCGCUCCAUACUCCCCAAAAUUCUUCACACCUUGACGAACGCCUCGUUCUCCAUCAAAUCUCUCAACUUUUACCAAUAUCCACUUCCAAAAACCGAGAAUCAUCGGUAUCAGAAUCUAAAUCUGUUGAUGGGUUUUUGUCCCCUGAAGAUAAACUGCGAGGUAUUUUUCUUCAAAAGCUAAAGGGUAAGACUACAGUUGAACAGGCUUUAUCCGGUGUGUGUGUUGAUGUGAAUGCUGAUAUUAUUGGUAGGGUAUUGAACUAUGGGAAUUUAGGUGGUGAAGCUAUGGUUACAUUUUUUAAUUGGGCCCUCAAACAACCAAUGGUGCCUAAUGAUGUUGGUACCUACCAUGUCAUUGUUAAGGCACUAGGAAGAAGGAAAUUUUUCGUUUUUAUGAUGCAAGUUUUAAAUGACAUGAGGUUGAAUGGUAUAAAAGCUGAUUUGUUCAUGUUAUCCAUUGUUAUUGAUAGUUUUGUCAAUGCUGGUCAUGUGUCUAAAGCAAUUCAGGUGUUUGGGAACUUGGAUGAUCUCGGCCUUGAUCGCGAUACUGAGGCUUUGAAUGUGCUUUUGUCUUGCCUUUGUCGACGCUGUCACGUGGGUGCCGCAGCUUCUGUUUUUAAUUCAAUGAAAGGGAAGGUGAUUUUUAAUGUUGCCACAUAUAAUGUUGUUGCUGGUGGUUGGUCUAAGUCAGGUAGGGUGAAUGAGAUUGAGAGAGUUAUGAAGGAAAUGGAAGUUGAGGGGUUUUCUCCUGAUUUCACGACAUAUGCUUUCUAUCUUGAGGGUUUGGGUAGAGCAGGUAGAAUGGAUGAGGCUGUUCAGGUUUUCUGUAAUAUGAAGGAGAAAGACACUACUACCUAUAAUGCAAUGAUUUUUAAUUUCAUUUCGAUUGGUAACUUUGAUGAAUGUAUGAAGUAUUAUAAUGAGAUGUCGAGUGAUAAUUGUGAACCUAACAUCGAUACAUAUACUAGAAUGAUUACUGCUUUUCUCAGAACAAGGAAAGUGGCGGAUGCACUUUUGAUGUUUGAUGAGAUGUUAAGGCAAGGAGUUGUGCCUCCUACUGGGACUAUAAGCUCCUUCAUCAAACGUUUAUGCAGCUAUGGUCCACCAUAUGCUGCUAUGAUGAUCUACAAGAAAGCAAGAAAAUUAGAGUGUAAGAUAUCAAUGGAAGCUUAUAAGCUAUUGCUUAUGCGUCUUUCUAAGUUUGGAAAAUGUGGAACAUUGUUAAGUGUCUGGCAGGAGAUGCAAGAAUGUGGGUAUAGUUCAGACAUUGAAGUCUAUGAGUACAUAAUCAGUGGCCUUUACAACAUAGGACAACUGGAAAAUGCUGUUCUUGUCAUGGAGGAGGCUUUGCGCAAAGGGUUCUGCCCAAGCAGGCUUGUUUAUAGUAAACUAAGUAACAAGCUGCUUGCUUCAGACAAAACAGAGAGGGCUUACCGGCUUUUUUUAAAGAUUAAACAUGCCCGUGCACUUAAAAAUGCGAGAAGUUAUUGGCGCUCUAAUGGUUGGCACUUUUGAGGCUCUUGAAAUGGAUCCUCUUGUUUGCUUUUCACAUAUCUCUGGUCUUUGGCUACUUCCUCGGGGUCAAGAAUUUGUGACAUUUUAUUUUGGUUUUGCCGAGCAAAUGGAAGUAACAUUGUUUCAACGAUCCAGAGGCAAUUUGGUACGAGCUACUUUCCUUUAGGUAUGGCCCUUUAAGCCCCAAAACCACAAAUACAAGGUCUGUAAGUCAUGGUCAUAGAAAAUAUUUAUGGUGGCGAGAUGUGAUGACUACUGGUUGUAAGGUAGAUCAUAAUUCUUGUUGGUUUCCUACAAAUCUUUGUUGUGUAUUGGGUAAUGGGGAGCUUAUUAAAUUUUCGGGAGAUCAAUGAUUAGGGAAUAAGCCAUUGAGGGAGUUUCCAGUUUUGUACAAUAUUUCAACUUUGAAGGAUGGUUGUGUAGCCGAGAUGGGGGACUGGUAUAGUUCUGAUUGGGAUUGGAAUUGGGGUAGUAAUCUUGUUGCCGAGGCUUUACAAUAAGCUAGCACUCUGCGAGCUUUCCUCUCAGGGAUGAGCCCGCAGCCUCAGCAUAUCAAUAAGUGGUAUUGGCUGCACAAUAAAGUGGUGGGAUUUACUGUCAAGUCGACAAGUCGUGCUAUGCAGUGUUAAGCUCAACUUUAGGUAUACAUAUUUGGUUCUCAAUGACAGAAGAAGUAAGGUACUGCAGUGCAUUUGGAAAAUUGCUGUGCCAUCGAAGAUUCAAGUAUUCGGGUGGAAACUAAUUUUGUCCAGGUUUUCCACUAGAGAUGGAUUGAUAAAAGGGGUGUUUUGAUACAGCAAUUCAGUGUUGCCUUUGUACUUUUGCUUCAGUGAAAAUGAAUCUUGCAGCCACCUUUUUGUCAGUUGCAGGUUUACAUUUAGAACGUAUAUAAAAUAUAUCUUAAAAGGAAACUUAGUGAUUGCCUUGGCUUAAAUAAUCUUGUUGUUUAAUUACUUUAUUUGAGUUUUGAGCACAGCUAUCGUGAUACACUACAAGUCUUCGAUGAUUUUACAAAAUAAAGUGGCAAACUCCAUCAUGUUAACAGGCUCUGGAAAGACAAUCAAUAUUAAAGAAAUUGUGGAUUGAGAAUUUGAGAUUGUUACUGAUCACUCUUCAAUUUUUGUAUCACUCUAGCUCUUGUAGACCCACACAUUCAAGUGGUCACUAUUGUAGAGGAUUAAAUUAAAUAUUAGGCCACAUCAAAUACAAAUAACCAUGGAUGGUGACUAGGGGGAGAGCUAAAAAGUGCAUGACUAUGUGGCAUACUCAUCCUCUCUGUGAGAUAAUUUCCAGUGAUAAUCGUUAGAUGUUCAUGUCUCUUAUAUCUCAAACAAUUUGUUUGCAACACUAUUACAAGGGACAAUGUAUUAAUGUAAUAUGUUGUGCAUCUGUCAAUCUCA